UUCCUCCCCACUGUGGUAGCGUUCGACCGUGCCAGGAAAUUUUAAUAGCGAAAGUGUUUCUUUUCUCGUUCACGGUACUAAUGGCCGCAGAGGACCCCGAGGAAACCACCGCCCUGAGUGGUGGGAGCGACGUUCCACCCAGCGAGACAAACGAAGCUGACAGCGAGAAAAAAGAAAAUGGCUCUACCGAACCGGAAACAGAAAACGAAGUCAGCGCCGCGGAGCCGAAAAUGGAAGAUGUGGACGCGAGAGAGGUGGGCAAGGAGGACGCUGCUCCAACGGUCACCCAGGAAGCAACGGCUGCUCACGAAGAGCCGGAGCAAGGACCGCAGUCACAACCAAGUCCGGGGGACAAUAGCAGCGAACAGAACGGCGAAAUCACCGUGAAGGCCCUCAAGGAGGAGCCAGACGACGAUAGUCGGUCUUCGGGAAUAGAUUGUGAGAAGAGCACAUCUGCUAGUGAAGAUGGGGAGAAGGGCAGCGGCGGGGAGCUGGGGGACAAGAGGCGCUCCAGUCUGGAAGUGUCGUCCUCUGACGGAGAACCACUGAGCCGAAUGGACUCCGAGGACAGUGUCUGCAGCACCACCAUAGAAAUGGAGAGCAUAGGAUCCAGCGGGCGCUCCACGCCUGCACUGUUGAACGGCCAGAGCAGCGCCAGAUCUUCUGCGACCAAGACGAUGGCUUACACCUGCUGCUGGGACCUCUGUCCACAGUGCUUCAACUCCAGCCCAGACCUGGCAGAGCACAUCAGGGGAAUUCAUGUGGACGGCCAGAGAGGAGGGGUAUUCGUCUGUCUCUGGAAGGGUUGCAAGGUGUAUAACACACCAUCCACCAGCCAGAGUUGGCUGCAGAGACACAUGCUGACCCACAGUGGAGAUAAACCCUUCAAGUGUGUAGUUGGUGGCUGCAAUGCCAGCUUUGCUUCUCAAGGAGGGUUGGCUCGUCACGUCCCCAGUCAUUUCAGCCAGCAGAGCUCUUCCAAAAUGUCAAGCCAGGCCAAACUAAAGGAGGAUUCACCAUCUAAGGCGGGAAUCAACAAAAGGAAGAAACUCAAGAACAAACGCAGAUGGUCUCUACCGAGGCCCCAGGAUUUCUUUGAUGUCCAAACUAUGGAUGUGCUACGUCACAGGGCCAUCUGUCUCAACCUCACCACUCACAUCGAAAGUGGGGGAAAUGGUCACAGUGUUGUCUUUCACAGCACGGUGCUAGCCAAAAGGAAAGAGGGGACUGGCAAGGUGAAAGUACUUUUACACUGGACACCUGAAGACAUUUUGCCUGACGUGUGGGUGAAUGAAACGGAGCGAUCUCAGCUGAAGACAAAAGUAGUCCACUUAUCCCAGUUACCGCAGGACACGGCCAUGUUGUUGGAUCCCAACAUCUACCGAGCUCUCCCUCAGAAACGACUGAAGCGCAGCCUCUAGGACCUCCUCUGCAGAGUCCAGACUGGAGGGCAAAUCGUCACCAACUGGACGUCGAUCCAUGCAGGAUGGGAGCGCUCUUCUCCAGUCUCUGCUGAGGCUUGGAUUAGAAAACAAACGGAGGCCGGCUACUUAGUUUUGUGUACCUGAAAUGACUUUAGUCAUCACAAACGUCACUUAAGCUGUUUCUUCUUCUUCUUCUUCUUAUUAUUAUUUUUAAGCAAGCCUACAACCCCAAUAAUGUGGGGUUGGGGGGGAACCUCUUUUUGUUUAAGUCUGGCGUAUAGCCUCAACUUAUUUUAUUACAGUUUUGUGUAAAAUAUUUAUCCAGAUUUCUAACUUAUUUUUAUACGAUGAAAAUGCUGAUGUGAUGUGGAGUUCUGUGAAGGUUUCGAGUAAAAACUGUAUUCGCUGUGCUUUUCGACAUGGGGAUCCAAGGCGUAUUUGAACAUUGCUAAGUGUAACUAUGCUGUGCAUGUGGCAUUGAAUCGUAACCAGUGGUCUUAUUUAUACUUCCUGAAGUCAGUACUGUUACCUGUUGUGUGUGUGCCUCUUCCUGGAACACAAACCAACACCUGAGCAAUAAUUUAUCGGGACAGUUCCUUGCAUUUGCAUUUCCAGUCUGUUAACAGGAAACCAUAAACACGACGGAAACACCGAACUCACCACAGCUCACCUAUAUUGUAUAUUGUAGAGUUUUAAAUACCACUUUGUCAGCCUUCAGCAGCUGGUUAUUAUUUGUCGUAGUCCCUUUUUGGACUGUGUUUGUAAUCUGACAGAUGUUGUACACGUAAACGAGAGACGUUACAAAGGAAUGUCGCGCCCGCCGCGGUGGUCACGUUUUAGAGCACUGGUUUCCUGUGUGUGCGUCGGAGGAGCUGGCUCACUCGGUCGGCCUCCAUUAGCGGAGCAGCUUUGGGAGCGUGCUGUGGAAGAGCUAAUAACUGGGCCAGCAGGGCAGAGCCCCCGUCACUCUCAUGGUGAACAUGCCUGCAAAAGAAGUAGAAGAAAAAAUGAGUUCAGGGAGAGGUUCGCUCUUCAGCAUAUCAUGAACUCUGUGUGCUCACACAUGCAAAAUUCAUUUAGGAUUCCAUUAUGUGAUAUAAUGAGGCAUUCAGGUGCAGUUCCACCGCUUCAGGGGAGUGAGCACCGAGGAUCUGUCGGCACCCCGUUGUUUUUGUGUGCUUUUCUAAUGGCUUCCUAAUAUCUGCCCUCGUCUGCAGGCAAAACUUUAUGGUGCUAAUUAAAAAUGCUUGUAGGGCUCACUGUAUAUGUUUUUUUUUUGUCUUUUGAAUAAAAAAACCUGGCGUGUUUA